UUAGAACUUCUAUCCAAUCUAACCAAGCUUCCUCCAAUCUCAAAACCCAGAAAAUCUUUUUAUGGUUAACAUGUUCUUUUCUGUAUCGGACAUGCCUUCAACACCAUCAGUUUUGUCAGCCUACACGUCUGUCGCUGCAUUGCUAAUGCUUGUCAGAACCGUCUUCAACGAGGUACAGACGAUGAUUAGUAAGUUUCUACCUCAGAAGCUCAGAGAGAACUUGUUACUAAGACUUGGUGAAAUAUUUGGAAGUCUCUGCUCUCAAAUGACUGUUCUUAUCAGUGAGUACAAUGGACUAUCAGUCAAUGAAAUCUACCAGGCUUCGGAAACCUACUUGAGCUCAAGAAUUACUCCUUCCAUUAACGAGCUGAAAGUUUUCAAAGCACAGAGAGAGAAGAACAUCUCGGUCACCAUCAACAAAGGUGAAAAGGUCUUUGACAUAUUUGAAGGAAUCCAGCUCGUCUGGGAAUUCGUCUCAACUGAAACGCAGAAGUCACAUUUCGACUAUGAUAACUAUUCUCACACUUCAGAAACAACCGAAAAUCGGUCAUUUCGACUCAGUUUCAACAAGAGAUACAAGGAAGUGGUGUUAAGGGCUUAUCUUCCAUAUGUGGUGGAGAGAUCAAAGGCUAUAAAAGAAGAAAACAAAGCCCUGAAGCUCUACUCGCUCGGAAGUUUAAGUGGAGACUAUGAUGCAGGUCCGUGGGGAUCGAUCAACCUCGACCAUCCAUCCACAUUUGAGACAAUGGCAUUGGAUCCAGAGCUCAAGAAUGAACUGAUGGAAGACUUGGACAGAUUUGUGAGGAGAAGGGAUUUCUAUAGGAGAGUUGGAAAGGCAUGGAAAAGAGGAUAUUUGUUGUAUGGCCCUCCUGGUACUGGCAAGUCAAGCUUGAUAGCAGCAAUGGCUAACUACCUAAAAUUUGACAUCUAUGACUUGGAACUCAAAAGUAUUCACAGCAAUGCAGAUCUCAGGAAAUUGGUAGUCUCCACAGCAAAUCGAUCGAUACUUGUCAUCGAGGACAUUGAUUGUAGCAUUGAGUUGCAGAACCGACAAGAUGGAAGCUACAAAGAAAAUGAAUUUACGUUUUUAACACUCUCUGGAUUGCUCAACUUCAUCGAUGGAUUAUGGUCAAGCUGUGGAGAUGAGAGGAUAAUUGUGUUUACGACCAACUACAAAGACAGAAUUGAUCCUGCUCUGCUGAGACCAGGCCGAAUGGACAAGCAUAUUAACCUGUCUUUCUGCACUCCAAGUGGGUUCAAAAUCCUUGCUUCCAACUACCUAGGAAUUAGUACUCAUCACUUGUUCACUCAUAUUGAAGAACUGAUAGAGGAAGUAGAGGUGACUCCUGCAGAAGUUGCAGAAGAGCUCAUGAAAUAUGAAAACGUAGAUAUUGCACUCAAAGGUGUCACUGCUUUUAUUGAAAGGAAGAAGCUGAUGAAAUGUAAUGAAAAUACUGCAGAGGAAAGAAAAGACGUCGUCGUUGAACAAGAAAAAGAAAGCGAGGGAUUUCAAGGGAAAUGUGACAGCAAAGUUAGGAAAAAUCAGAGGAAGAUGGCGAAAAAGGGGAAAGAAGGAUGAACUUAGCUCCAGCUUGGUGUUCUUGCUGCAGUUAUAAGUUGCUUCUAUAUGCAAUAAAGGAAAUGAGUGUGGUGAUGCAUAUCAAGAACUGCUAUUAGAAGCAGUAAAGUGUGCUAACAAUUUGUUUAGAGUAGUUUUGCUGUGAAGAUGACAAAAAUACACAUGUAUGGUUGAAAUUUCUACUAAUUGAAUACAGUGUUUUGGAAACAAUGUAAUGGAUUAUUGGAAUAAAAAAGACUUGAAAGAUUUUAAUAAGCAGUUUAAUGAAAAUAUUUCGCAAAUACCAAGUUGGUUGCAGGAUUUUUAAUAAGCAGCAGAUGGAUAAGUAGUAAGCUCUUACUUGCCUUCUGUUAUGGAAAAAUCCCUCCACUGUCGAAACAUUGGCAAUGGAACCAGCUCUCAAGAAGGCAUUGAUAGAUGAUUUAGACAGGUUUGUGAGUAGUAGAGAUUACCAUCGGAGAGUUGGGAAGGCGUGGAAACGCGGAUAUUUGUUGUAUGGUCCUCCAGGUACAGGUAAGUCAAGCUUGGUUGCAGCCAUGGCCAACUACUUGCAGUUCCAUUUCUAUGACUUGGAGAUAUUCCUUGGGAAUAUCUACAAAAACUCAGAUCUAAGAACAUAGUCUCCACUAAAAACUGAUCAAUCGUCGUUGUUGAGGAUAUCAAUUGCAGAAUUGAUUUACAGAAUUGAUGAACUGAUCAUGGGAACCAAUGCAACUCCGCAUAGAUUGCAGAAAAGCUCAUGUAAAUUUAAAUAACCAUCCCCUAACAUACAAGGAUACUGAUUUAUAUAAACAAAACACACCACUACACAAGUACCAUCUUCAACAUAGGAGAAAAGGCUGAUAUCAAGGCGACUCUAAUGCUUUAAUUAUGAAAUUCAUGGCUACAUAUAUUCCUAGCCAGAAGAAAGGCAAGGCAAAAACAAAAUCCAUAGAUUACAAUGGCCUGUACAACUCUUCUUCUCUAUGGAAACGAAAUUAAAAAAGAAGAAGCAGAAGAAGAAAUCAAUGACGCCCGAGGGAGUAUGACUAAAAGAGGGAAAAGAAGAUACAACAGAAAUUUACAGCACAGAAUCAAAACUGGGAAACCGAAUAGCUCUUGCUCUUCCAGAAAAAGCUAAAAGCUUUUCCCAUCUUCCUCCUUGACGUUGAUUUACAAAGAGGAUUUGACUCUGGGGCAGGCAUUACCUUGGAGCUACUCUCAGCUCGCUGUAGAGUAAUAUCAGGAGGCGGUUGAUCUCGUUGCCUCUGCUCGCGAAACAGCAUCAAUAGUUUUUGAGCCUUCUCUCUCCCCCUUGUUGUCCCAUUGACAGAGAUUGAUACCAAUGCAGGUAUCACCCCUUCCUGUAGGACCAUUUCACUGCAUUUCUCACUCCCAUUACACAGAAUCAAAAGACAUGAGGCUGCUUGUUCCUGUUCAAUGGGUUCACCAGCAUCCAGUGUUGCUGCAAGCGUGCUAAUAAGGCAAGG